UAAUGACCAAUCAUCAUCAUCAUCAUCAGAAUGGUUAGAAAAAAAUAUGGCCGGUAAAUUAUUACCACAAUGGCUGAAUCUGUCAUUAGUAUCAAAUAAUAUUAAAUCAUUACAAAUGAAAAUAUUAGAAUUAGAAUUAAGCCAAUGUGUUGAACAUUUAUUUGAACAUCCAUUAUUUAUUGAACACUGUAAAAUGAUUGCACGUUGGUCAAUCAAUCAAUUUCGUUGUACAAUUAUGGUCGGAUUGAAUUGUCGUUUAGCUGUCUAUUAUUUAGAUCGUUAUGAUAAUAAUGAAACAUAUCAUAGAUUUUUAUUAAAUUUUACAUCAACAACUAAUUAUCAUCUGAUGGACGAUCACAAUGAUGAUGAUGAUGAUGAUGAUGAUCAAAAGUAGUGGUGGUGGUGGUUUGACGAAAAAAAUCCGAAAAAAUUUAAAUGUCAUUUCCGAAAAAUUUACACAAAUUGCUCCAGCAUUUCUUGAUGAUUGAGAUUUGUUUUGUUUUUUUUUCUUGAUGAAUUUUAUCAUUAUUAAAACUAAAUUGUUUUUG